AUGAAGGUUAAUCUGCAGAAAUGCAGAAUUUUCUAUGCUGGAAUAGACAGAGACGCGCAGGAAGAGCUAGUACAGGCUACUGAUUUUCAAAAGGAGCAGCUACCCUUCAAAUACCUGGGUGUCUCUGUAGCAAGUAAGAAAAUGCCUAUGCAUUGUUAUAUGCCUUUAAUUGAUCGCAUCAUAGGUAAAAUCAAACAUUGGAGUGCUCGUUUAUUGACAUAUGUAGGGAGGCUGCAGCUUAUUAAAAGUGUGACUUUUGCACUUACAAAUUACUGGCUUCAAUGCUUUCCUUUCCCGGAGAAUAUGAUUUAUAAAAUAGAAGCCAUUUGCCGAAAUUUCCUUUGGACAGAUGGUUUUGAAGGUAGCCGGAAAGCCCCGAUAUCGUGGAAAAAAGUGUGUUGUCCUAAGUGUCGUGGAGGGCUGAACAUAAUUGAUAUAGAAGUGUGGAAUAAGACUAACCAGUUGAGAUUGUUAUGGAACUUAAGUGGGAAAACAGACUCUCUAUGUGUUCGAUGGAUUCAAGCAUAUUACUUGAAAAACAAGCAGCUGAUGGAGAUUCAAAUAAAACCCAAUCACACAUGGAUCAUGAAGGCAAUUUUAAAACAAAGAGAUACUGUCCAGAAUAUGGACGAUUGGGAGAACAUCAUGAAUAAUAAUUUUUUCAAUAUGAGUCAUGUCUACUAUACAUUACAGUGUUGGGAUCAAAAAGUUAAGUGGAGAGACCUGAUGUAUGGAAAUAUGGCAAGGCCGCGAGCUUGUUUUAUCAUGUGGCUUGCUUGUCAAAGUAAGCUUUCAACUAAAGAUAGAUUAUUUAAAUUCGGUAUGAUUGAUAAUACUAGUUGUUGCUUCUGCUUGAACGAGGAAUCUAUCAACCAUCUUUUCUUUAUCUGUCUGUAUACUCGGAAUAUCUGGUUAGAGGUUCUUGCUUGGAUACAGGUGCAACAUAAUCCUGUAGGUUGGGAGCACGAGAUUGAUUGGUUGAUUCAACAAGCAAAAGGAAAAAGUGCUAGAGUUGUUGUCAUCAAAAUGGCCAUCACAAAAACUAUCUACGAAAUAAUUAAAUAA